CUUCCGCUGCUAGGGAGAAACAUGGAAUUUAUUUGGAUAAGGAGAAUUAUGAUGAAAUGAUUGGAACAAUAAGUCAGAAUAAGGCAAAGGUGGUGGAAUUGGAGACGCAACUUGAGGAAAAGGAUCGCCAAGUUCAAAUUUUGGUUGGAGAUUUUGCUGUCAUGGAUCAACAUUACAAGUCAAUUUAUGACAAAUUUCGAACUGCAUUGACUAAAUUGGAAGGCAGAAAGGAAGAAAUUGAAGAAUUAAGCCUGGAAAUCGCUCAAAUGGAGGAUAAUUACAACGCUGCUUCACAGGCUCUUUCAGUUUCUUAUGAUUCCUCUGUUUUUAAGUUGCAAAUUUAUGGUAAUGGACUGUAUGACCGAAACGGAUUGCUUUUUAGCAAGAUCGAUGAAGUGUUUACCCAAGAUUUCCGUGAUCGCGUAAAUCAAGAAUUGGAUUCUUUUAAAAAUGUUGCGACUGAACAUAAAAAUGAAUUCGGAAAGGCUAUUCACAGCACAUUGUCAACAAUCAUUAAACAGGUUAAUGAUGGUGCGUCAUAUUCAUCAGAUAUGUCACAAUUAUUUGACAACACUACACAAAAGAUGGAGAAUUUUGUUGAAAAGGAAUUUGUUCAAAUUCAGUCUUCAGGAAAAACUCCAAAACGCAAGCUUUUAGGUUCUGAAUUGAAUGAAAAUCUUGUUUACAUCCCUCCGCCUAAAAAACUUUUUGAAGAGCAGAAGGGUUUGAUUACUCCCAAAAAGAAUGUCAACUAUAAACGGCGUGACUCAUUUUUGGAUUCCUCAUUUGUCUCAUCACUUGUUUCGUCCGAUACAUUAAAGUAA